GGGGCCCGCGCGCUCCGCCUGGUUCCGCUUCCGUCCCCUUGAGUUUGUCAUCAGCAUCAGUGAUGUGAGCAGUCUGGAAAUGGAUGAGAUUGCUGAUCCUGUGAGGAUGGAAGCUGGUGAUGCAACGUUGGCUAAUCAUAACUCGAUAUUCAAGGCCUUUCCUCUACAACAGACUGCUAUUCCAGGGGAUCAGCUUUCACUGGCUGGUGACAAGUUUUUACCAAUCAAGUUUGGCAGUUUGGAGAGAUCUUUUACAUGCUCCACGGGAAGUGCAUCAUGCAGUCCAAGUUACUACUCAGAAAUUCCAUCCUCUGAGAGUUACCGGGUGUCGGGAGAAUUGAGAACGUUUGGACCAAGUGCCAACGGACAGGGGAGGGGUUUGGUACCCACCCUGGGUUCUAUGUUACAGAAACCUAGAGUGAGUCGAAACUUGUAUCUCGACACUCGCAAAACUCCAAGUGGAACGUCGAAUAGUUUUGUAGGGAAGUCAAACCAUCAUUGUCACGUAUCUGCAUAUGAAAAAACAUUUCCAAUCAAGCCCGUUACAAGUCCCUCAUGUCGUCGCAGCCUGCUAAGCCCCAAGAAAACCCAGAGGAGAUUUGUCAGCACUGCAGAAGAGACAGUUCGAGAGGAAGAGCGAGAGAUCUACAGGCAGCUGCUUCAGAUGGUCACAGGAAAACAGUUCUCAACAUCCAAGCCGGCCUCGCUUUUCCCCCUCCACCUGCCCAGAUGUUUGAGUUCCAGUAAAAACGUAGUGAAAGAAACCCCAUGCAAGAAUGCAAAACCAUUUGAAACGUACAGCCUCGCUCCAGUCAGCCAGUCAGCUAGUGUUCUGGGAACACAGGAGCAGCCGUCACACAAGCCACCACCGUACCCUGUAUCCAGUUAUCCCUCAAAUGUUACUUUUGAGUCCGAUAAUACCACCACUCAGCAUCAGCAAGAUAAUCUACCAGCAUCCAACGCCCAGCCUGAAGGAUCAGACUCGGUCAUUGUGCUCAAGGUAAAAGAUUCCAGAACUCCGGCUCCAAGCCUCCCUUUCUUCCAGGCAGAAUUGUGGAUCAAAGAAUUAACCAGCGUCUAUGAUUCACGAGCCCGCGAGAGAUUGCGUCAAAUAGAAGAGCAGAAAGCUUUGGCAUUGCAACUGCAGAGCCAGAGAUUGCAGGAGCAGGAACACUUGAUACAGGACCCAGUGGAUUUGAAUCUUCGAGUGCCUCUUGAGAAGGAGAUCCCAGUCACAGUUCUCCCAGAAGAGAAAGAGAAUGCUAAAUCAUCUGAUAACGAAGAGGAAUUCCCUGAAAUCACAGAGGAAAUGGAGAAGGAAAUCAAGAGCGUAUUCCGCAGUGGAAACCAGGAUGAGAUCCUGAGUGAAGCUUUUCGGUUAACGAUAACCCGGAAAGACAUUCAGACCCUGAACAACCUGAACUGGCUUAACGAUGAGAUAAUUAAUUUCUACAUGAAUUUGCUGAUGGAGCGAAGCAAAGAGAAGGGGUUGCCGACAGUUCAUGCGUUUAAUACCUUCUUUUUUACUAAAUUAAAAACUGCUGGGUACCAAGCAGUGAAACGGUGGACAAAAAAAGUAGAUGUUUUCUCUGUGGAUGUUCUCUUGGUGCCUAUUCAUCUUGGAGUCCAUUGGUGCCUAGCCGUUAUAGACUUCAGGAAGAAAACCAUCACCUAUUACGAUUCUAUGGGUGGACUAAACAAUGAAGCCUGCCGGAUACUGUUGCAAUACUUAAAACAGGAAAGUCUUGACAAAAAACGGAAAGAAUUUGAUGCGAACAACUGGUCAUUGCUCAGCAAGAAGAGUCAGGAAAUCCCUCAACAAAUGAAUGGCAGCGACUGUGGAAUGUUUGCCUGCAAAUAUGCCGACUGCAUUACCAAAGACAGACCGAUCAAUUUCACCCAGGUAAGCUGGGCAUUGACGUGUUGGAGUACGCUGCGGGACUAACGCAGGAUCCCAUUGGCAGCAGGUUAGCUUACAGGGAAUGAUGAUAGGAGGGUCAAUAACGAUGUUGCCAAUUGAUACUAAAUGUCUUUAUUUUCCGGAUCUUCUGCUUCUUUCUCAGUUGUCCGUGUCUUCUAAUAAUUUUCCACACUUAGCACAAUCAUUCAUUAGGUCCCUUAACAUCCCAGGAUCCGUAGGACUGGAUGACACAUUUGUAUAUCUUCAGAUUUUGUUUUCCCCUUCAUCAAUAUCUAUUUUAAAGGGUCCCCCUUGCUCCCUAUUUAUUGCUAGCUGUGCUGUUCUCUUUACUUGGGGGUAAGGUUCACUCUUGUGCAAAGGCAAGGUGUGUGCAUCACUUAAGUCCUCAAAGUUGGCCUUACUGGGAUGCCAGUGGCACAGAGGAUUUCUACUGGCCAUACAAAUUUGUGCCACCAAAAGCACCCCCAUCCCCUCCCAAUGUCAACACUCUUGUACCUUUUAAGUGGUUAAUAGGAGAUUGGCUUGAAAAGAACAUAACGAUCACGGUUUCAUCUCUGCUCACAUGCAGCGAAAAGAAUUAAAGGUUGAGAUUUUCACAGUAACUUAAAGGAGUUAGAUGCUCAAAUCCCACUGAAUUUCAAUUCAGGCACUUUGUUACAUUUCAUGGGGAACAGGCACGUCUGUAAUUAAUGCGCACUCUGUGGCGAUCGGGCGUAGAAACCAUCUAUUAGGAAAAGGGACAUUAACGUGUGUGUUUUCUCUCUCUCUCUCCCCCCCUUCC